AGGGGAGUAAGGCCAGGUGGACUGGAGGUGGAUUCAAAUUGUUCUAUCAUGGUAUGGAUAGGAGGAGAAAUGGAGUAGGGGUUAUUCUGAAGGAAUAGUAUGUCAAGAGUGUUUUGGAGGUGAAAAGAGUGUCCGACAGAGUAAUGAUUAUGAAGCUGGAAAUUGGAAGUGUGAUGAUGAAUGUUGUUAGUGCAUAUGCCCCGCAAGUUGGGUGUGCAAUGGAUGAGAAAGAUGAUUUUUGGAGUGAGUUGGAUGAAGUGAUGAACAGUGUACCCAAGGGACAGAAAGUGGUGAUUGGAGCAGAUUUCAAUAGACAUGUUGGUGAAGGGAACAGAAGAGACGAGGAAGUGAUGGACAGGUAUGGUGUCAAGGAGAGGAAUGAAGGAGGUCAGAGGAUAGUGGAUUUUGCGAAAAGGAUGGACAUGGCUGUGGUGAAUAUGUAUUUUAAGAAGAGAGAGGAACAUAGGGUUACAUACAAGAGUGGAGGAAGAUGCACACGGGUAGAUUACAUCCUAUGCAGAAGAGUCAAUCUGAAGGAGAUUGAAGACUACAAAGUGGUGGUAGGGGAAAGUGUAGUUAAUCAGCAUAGGGUGGUGGUCUGUAGGAUGAUGUUGGAGAGCAAGAAGAGGAAGAGAGUGAGGGCAGAGCCAAGGAUCAAAUGGUGGAAGUUUAAAAAGGAAGACUGCAAGGUUGAGUUUAGGGAGAAGGUGAGACAGGCACUGGGUGGUAGUGAAGAGUUACCAGACAGUUGGGCAGCUACAGCAGAUGUAGUAAAGGUGACAGCAAGAAGGGUGCUUGGCGUGACAUCUGGACAGAGGAAAAGGAAACCUGGUGGUGGAAUGGGGAAGUACAGGAGAGUAUACAGAGGAAGAGGAUUGCAAAGAAGAAGUGGGAUAUUCAAAGAGAUGCAGAAAGUAGACACAAUUACAAGGAGAUAAGGCGCAAGGUGAAGAGAGAGGUGGCGAAGGCUAAAGAAAAGGCGUAUGAUGAGUUGUAUGAGAGGUUGGACACU